AUGACUACUGUGAUUCUCUACACGUUUGCCAUUGGCUCCAGCUUAGGAGAAUACAGACAUAUCCUGUCAUUUAUAUUUGCCAUUAAUGACAUUAACAAUGACCCAAACAUUCUACCAAAUAUCACCCUGGGAUAUCACAUAUAUGACUCUUGUGGGCAUGUGAAUAAAGUUAUAAAGGACGUCCUGCAGAUAAUGUCUGGACACUCAGUGACAGCUCCUAACUAUUCCUGUAUGGAGCAUGGGACGGUAGCCGGUUUUAUUGGGGACCUUCAGUCUGUCACCACUCUACCAAUGGCCAAGUUUUUGGGGAUAUAUGGAUAUACACAGGUUAGUUAUGGGGCCAGAGACCCCGCACUCAGUGACAGAAGAUUAUAUCCACAUUUCUUUCGUACGGUUCAGAAUAAUGAAGAGCAAUAUGUGGCUUUAGUGAAGUUCCUGAUAUAUUUUAAGUGGAACAUGGUUUGUAUCUUUACUACAAAUGAUGAUAUUGGAGAACGGGAUCUUCGUCUCCUUACCGCGGAGCUGCAAAAAUCUGGAAUAUGUAUUGAACUAGUCUGGGUUUUUACACACAAUAAGUUCAUAGAAUUUUCGGUUAUGAAUAACUUAAAAGCUGAAGUUGUUAUACUUUGUGGUGCAAAUAGUGGACUGGCUAAAAAUAUUAUAGGACAUUCAGUACAAAGUAUCAGAGACAAAACUUUCAUCUUUAUGACAUCUUGGACAAAUGAUCAUGAUCUGAUAGGUUCUCCUGCUUUUGGAAUGCCUGUUAAUUGUAGCUUUAUGAUUAGCCCUAUAGCUUAUGAGAUUUUCGGUUUUGAGGAAAAGUUUUUAAGCGUUCAUCCUUCCACACACCCACAUGAUCCAAUUCUGGAGGAUAUUUGGAUCACCUCUUUUUAUUGCCUGUCACAAAAUGCUUUGAAGAAUUCUUUAUUACAGGCUACUAUUUCUAAACCCCUUCAUAACUGCUCUGGUAAGGAACGCUUUACAAAGCGCACACGUUAUAUAGAGGAUGGAUUUCCAUACAAUGUUCUCAAAGCUGUACGAAUGAUGGCCCAAACAUUGCAUCAUAUGCAUAAAGCCUUACUAAUGAGUAAACUAAACAAGAAAAUAAAUAAAAAUAAUGUCUACAGAAAAAAGGUAAGACAUUUUAUGAAAUUAGGGUGUAUACAAUUACCUGAAAGGACUGAAAUAAAGUGUUUUAACAAUAAAGGUGAAUUGUCUGAACCACUGGUGAUUUCCAAUGUAAUAAGUAAAGAAAAUAUGGAUUUAGUCAUUUAUGUACUAAACACCAGACAUAUUGGAACAUUUGAUGGAUCUUCACAAGAUUGGCAUCUGAAUAUGACACCUUCUCCUAUAGUAUGGAUUAAUAAUAAGGUUCCAAAAAGUCAAUGUUCAGAACAGUGUUCUCCAGGCUACAGAAAAGUAGUUAAGGAAGGAGCCCACAUUUGCUGCUAUGACUGUAUCUUGUGCUCAGAAGGAAAAAUGUCCAAUGUGUCUGAUGCCGACAACUGUAAGAAGUGUUUUAGCACUGAAUGGCCAAAUGAGACAAGAGACAAGUGUAUUCCUAAAAUGAUGGACUUUCUUUCUUAUGAAACUGAUGUUGUAGCUUAUGUUUUCUUAUUAUUUUCAACAUUAUCUUCUAUUGUUAUUGUAUUAAUAAUUGGAAUAUUCAUAUAUUUCCGGAAUACUCCUGUUGUCCGAGCUAAUAACCGUAACCUCAGCUUCAUCAUGCUUGUUUCCCUCAAGCUUAGCUUCCUUUGUAUAUUCCUGUACAUUGGUAAACCAGAGGACACAACCUGUAUGUUCCGUCACAUCUCCUUUGGAAUCAUCUUCACUGUUGUGUUGUCAUCUAUUUUGGCCAAGACUAUCAUGGUUUGUAUUGCUUUCAAGGCCACCACACCUGGCAGCUACUGGAGACAAUGGAUUGGUGUUAGACUCCCCAAUGCUAUAGUGUUGGUCUUCUCAUCUCUUCAGGUCCUGAAUGGAAUAUUUUGGUUGUCAUUUUCUCCUCCAUUCCAGGAGGAAGACAUGGACUCAUAUCCAGGGAAAAUCAUCAUUGAGUGCAAUGAGGGUUCAAGACUGGCCUUUUAUUGCAUGUUUGGUUAUAUGGGGUUUCUGGCAGGAGUGAGUUUUGUUCUAGCUUUCAUGGUGAGGACAUUACCUGAUAUGUAUAAUGAAGCCAAGUACAUCACCUUCAGCAUGCUGGUGUUCUGCAGUGUCUGGAUCUGUGCCAUCCCGGCCUAUCUGAGCAGUAAGGGCAAAAAUAUGGUUAGUGUAGAAGUGUUUGCUAUAUUGGCUUCAGGUUCCUUCACAAUUAUGGAACCUCAGUGA